AUGACGGCCAAACAGGAGCGGAAGGAUGAAACAAGCAACUUACCCAUCAUCAUCCUCUUCAUCAUCAGCCUUACUAUCGCCGCUAUAGCAACCUAUCAGAUGGUGGAAAUAGUCAACAUCCAAACCCGUCUACAGUUACUUCAGGAACGAUGUCCGUGUGACAGCAUUCUUGAGCAGGUAUGCCAUUUGGAGAACCAAGAGAGACAUAAACGGCAGGCUGUACCCAGUGUGACCCUAAACCAGACUGUUAUAUCAGCAUUGUUACCUUAUGUGGAUAGUCUGUUUCAGCAGCGAUGUGUGAACAAUCAAUCCCUUUGUGUGGCAGUACCUGGCCCGCAGGGAAACCAAGGACAACCGGGACAGAAGGGCGAACCUGGCGCGAUGGGCCAGAAAGGCGAUGUAGGAACCAAGGGAGACGUGGGACAGAAAGGCGAUGUAGGAACCAAGGGAGACGUGGGACAGAAAGGUGAACCUGGGGUCAAAGGAGAACGAGGCUAUGACGGUCUACAAGGCUUGAGUGGAUUUAAAGGGGACAGCGGUCCCCGUGGUGACAAGGGAGAUGUCGGUUCAACAGGAUUGACAGGACCUCAAGGUACCAAGGGGGAUCAAGGGGCACCAGGCCUGCAAGGGUUACAGGGACCUUCGGGGCCAAAGGGCGACAAUGGGGUUAAUGGAACCCAAGGUCCGGCAGGGGCAAAGGGGGAUACAGGUCUGACAGGCAUUCAAGGUCUACAGGGACCAAAGGGAAUCCCCGGACCCCCAGGUACUAAGGGGGAAAUUGGACCGGGAGGACCAUUCGGUCCGGCAGGAAUUAAAGGCGAGCCAGGUAUAAACGGGUUUGAUGGAACCAAGGGGGAUAUGGGUCCGAUUGGCCCAAAAGGUGAAAUGGGUGACAAAGGGGAUGCAGGAGCACAGGGCCCGACAGGAGUCAAAGGACAACAAGGGACAGUAGGACCAGUAGGUCUGACAGGACAGAAAGGGGUCCAAGGGUCUCAGGGUAUGAAGGGUGAACCUGGUGUGCAGGGAACUACUGGUCCUGCUGGUGCCAAAGGCGAUAAAGGUCCCACAGGAACCAAAGGAACUGCAGGGGUCAAAGGUGAACAAGGGGAGAUUGGGCCUUUCGGCCCUUCUGGACCAAUCGGAAUUAAGGGGAAUCAAGGACCACCAGGACCGCAAGGUCCCCAAGGAGCCGACGGGAAAAAAGGUGAUAUCGGAACUCAAGGGCUAAAAGGUGAGACGGGGAGCGAUGGUCCCUUUGGCCCUAGAGGAUUGAAGGGAGAACAGGGACCUGUUGGGGCUCCAGGUGGCCAGGGAGCAGCAGGAACGAAGGGCGACAUAGGACAAAAGGGUGACAUGGGUGUGCCAGGUCUGUCUGGAAAUGUCGGAGCAAUGGGUCCGAAGGGAGACACUGGGGCUCAAGGGGAAAAGGGGGCCACAGGUCUUUCCAGUAACUGCUGUAACAUGCUCUCGGUACCUCACUUCCAGGGAGGAGAUAUGUUUACCGUGCGUGCCAGGGUAGGGGCCACGAUCCUUUUACCAUGUAGGACCAACAGUGGAUAUCCAGCUCCCACUGUGAGCUGGGUCAAAGACUUGGGUAACAAGACGCUGGUGACGUCACAUGGUACGUCGACGUCAUCAGGACUGAUUUUACGUGACAUAAAGGUACAAGACAGCGGGACAUACAAAUGUCACGCUGAAAAUGCCCUCGGCUCUGUGGAGAAAACCGUUAUAGUUACAGUAGAAGAUGAUGCCCCUCACAUCAUCGCCCGUGAGAAGGUCAUCGGCGUGGCCAUUGGUGAGUCUGUGAACAAUGUGUGUGAGGUAACCCAUGCCAGUAACGUGACCUUGACCUACUCAAAGGUCAAUGGAUUACUCCCAACACACAGCGUCCUUCCGUCUGGUAAUCUAGUUUUCUAUGUCCAGUCCGCCUCUAACACCGGAGAGUACCGAUGUAAGGCAUCUACCAGUAAGGGUACAGUUUCAACCAAUUUCUACGUCUACCAGCGGAUUGACAAUCUGACAUGUGCCACGUCAUUCGCUGACUGCACAUCUAAUGAUAAAGCGAUGUGCGGAGGAGACUGUCCACCCGGUUGUACAGAUUUGGACGCCACUCAUCAGCUCCAUGCGCAUCGAUUCUCACUGAGCCUCCCUGUUUGCUCUGCAGCAAUUAAUAGUCAAACUAUCUCAGAAAAAGGUGGUCACGUGAUCUGGAAGAAUGAACACGUGGUUGGUGGUGAAGCUGCAGAGUUUGUGACAAGUUUACCGUGA